UGCGGUCAAAGGAAAUAUUAUAAUAUACUUUGGUAACUUUUAUUGAUACCUAGGUAUUUGAUUACAAAAUAUCUCUUUAAAUUCAAAGGUUACAUACAUUGUUUUGUAAAAUAUUAAUUAGAGUAUGAUGUAACUGAUAAAUUAAUUAUUCAAUGAACAUUACCAAAAUCCAAUACUUAUAGCGAUUUAAUCACCUUAAACAAGUAGAGUUGGUGAGUUUGUUUCUGAGACUAUAGGAUGAAAACCGUAUCUUAAAAUGCUUUUAAACUUUUGGUCAAAAGUCGGCAGUCGUGCUUUGUUUGAGAACAAAAUUAAAUAUUAUGUAAAUAUACCUUAUCUAUCUAGUAACUUAUUUAAUAAAAUACUAUGCACAUUAGACAACUUUAAAAGACAUAAGAAAACACAUGAAAACAACCCCAAACAAUGCAUGAAAACAGAUAAAGAGUAUCAAUCGAAAUUUGAUAUCGUUUCAAAAAUAAACUUGAAAUCUCAGUUACAUGCUGCUCCAUUUCUUAAGUUGCCAAUACACACCUUGUUACAAAUAUAUAAAACUACAAAGGCUGAUGAAAAAAAUGGACUUUGUGAAAAUAGAUUGUACUAUAUUGCAUCCCGUCUUAAUUGUCCACCAUCAAUGCUUAGUGAACGGGUUGCAAGGAGAACAUUCAUUUAUAGUUUAUCCUUUGAUUGGAUUGAAAACUCUUUGAAUGUCUUAUUAGAACUGGGUGUGACUGGUGACAGAAUAAUAAGAGAUUUGUGGGUUUUAAAAUAUCAACACACUACAAUUAGAAACCGACUGCAGAAAAUUAAAGAUCAAGGUAUAAAGAGAUUGUAUCCAUGGAUGGUUAGGUGUUCAGAAGAUGUAUUGCAUAGGUACAUUGAAUUAUUUCAGGAAACCAAGUCAAUUUUAGGUGAUGAUAAAAGAACAAUUGAGUAUAUUGCAAAACGUCUUAAUACUACAGAGGAUGUUGUCGAAGAUAUGUACUCAAAAGUACCUGGAUUUGAAACAAUAAGAGUAACUAAGGUGAAAAGCUUUAUAGAUUUUUUGAUUGAGGAAGGAUACACUGUUGAAGAUAUUAUCAGUAGGCCUAGAGUUUUUGCUGCAUCACAAAAAACUGUUAAACAGCGACUUGACAAACUGAGGGAGUUAGGAAUGACACAAAUUAACUUGAAUGUUCUGUGUAGAAGUAGAAAAGAUUUUAAAAGAUAUUGUGAAAGUAUUGAAGCUUCUUAUAGAGAAUAAUCAGAAAUUAUGAUAUUUUAACUAAGAACACAUUUGUAAACACUAAUUAUAAAUAAUAAUAAACAGGUACCUAUAUAUGAA